UGUGUGUGUGUGUGUGAGGAAUAGCUUGAAGUAGCGCGCUGGUAAAUGUUACAUUCACUGCUUUCAUUGACACAUAGGACAGAAAGAAAUGCUUCAAUGUGCAUGCGUCACUAAUUUCCUUGACGAGAAUACAUAGUGUGAAGUAACUCGCUGUAAGAUUUGGAACUGUAGCUAGUGUAGAUAGUGACAAGACUAUACGAGUGAUACGAACAUAGGCUGUCCAGAAACUUCAAUCAAUUCGAUACCAGACACUCAAUGUGAAUCAUGUCUCUGUUUUAUGACCAAGUUACUUGGCGUGAGACCGCUGAUCUAUUUUAUCUCUUAAAUCUUGGACAGAAUUACGACACUAUUACGAUGUAGGAGACUUGCUCAAGCUGGAGAGUAUGAAACUCUGGGAUCAUUUAUCAGCGUUACCGUUCUUGUGAGGAGCUCUUCUCAUUUUUCAACUUUCAAAGCUUACAAGCUUGGGCUGGACAUCGUUAAAGACAUGCUUGAAGACUUUGUUUUGAACCCCAGCACGGCCAUCAUCUUGAUCUCCAGCGCAGCUCUGCUUACCAUUUACGGAAUGACGAAGAGAUCUCAUCUUCCGCCAAGCCCAGGCUGGUCACUGCCAGUCAUUGGACACCUGUAUAUGAUGGAAAGCAAUCCCAGAAAACAAUUUCUUGAUUGGGGAAAAAGACUAGGUCCUCUGGUGUCUCUGAAAAUGGGCAGCCAUCUUGCGGUCGUUCUCUAUGGCUAUGACACUAUCAAAGAAGCUUUUGUCAAACAUGCUGAUGUGUUUUCCAACCGACCUAAGACAUUUAUAACACAGAUCCUCGGAAAAGAUAAAGGUUUCGUAACGUCGACCAAUCAAUGGAAAAAACAGAGAAAAGUCGGCUCAGAGAUUUUACGACAUUUAGGGCUGGGCUCCAACGUGAUGGAAGAAAAAGUACAAGAAGGGAUCACUGAGCUUAUUGACCAACUGGACAAGAGUCAAUGUGCUCUCAUUAAUCCACGUCGCCUUAUUUCACUGAGUAUAUCUAGAAUUAUCACAACACUUGUAUUUGGUCAAGACUUCCGAUACAAAGAUGAACAAAUGGCAGAGUGCGCCAGCCUUAUAGGAGACCAGGUUUCUUUACUAGAGGGCGCUGCUGUACUGAACUUUUUGCCUUUUCUAAGACACUUACCAGGAGAUAUUUUCAAACUUCAAAAAGUGCUGGCCACGUCAGAAAAGCUGGAGGAAGAUCUCAUCGCUAAGCAGAUCCAGCUACGUCAAGAGUCCAGUGACCUCAGUGAGGACUUUAUUUGCUGCUAUCUGAAGAAGAUACGAGAGAACGGCAAGAAACAGGACUCGGCAAUCAAUGAAGAGAAUCUGGUGAUGGUAGUGUCCAACUUGUUUGCAGCUGGCACUGAGACCACGUGCACCACUCUGUGUUGGGCUCUGCUCUAUCUCCUGCACCACCCAGAUGUCUACGCCAAAUGCUACCGGGACAUAGUCUCGCAUUUGGGCACCGAGACGAGGCCGAGGGCCAAAGAUCAGCACUACCUGAAAUAUAUUUCAGCCACCAUCAUGGAAGUCCAGAGGAUAAGCAGCAUCGCACCUUUUAGCCUCUAUCAUUCAGCUUCCAGGGACAUUAUGUUUAAGGAUUACUUGAUACCCAAAGGAACAAUAAUAAUUCCAAGUUUAGACUCAGUUCUGCUAUCAGAAGAAGUUUGGGGUGACCCAAGGAGUUUCAGACCAGAAAGAUUCCUUGAUGCUGCAGGCCAAGAACUGAUUGACAAGGAGGAAUUCAUUCCGUUCUCAAUAGGGAAUCGAGCGUGUUUAGGCAAAGCAUUGGCCAAGAUGGAGUUGUUUUUGUUUUUAACAUCUCUCGUUCAAAGGUAUACAAUCAGUGUGCCCCAAGGUGCCAGUUUGCCUUCCUUAAAGGACAGAUUUGGACUCUCCUGCUCGCCACUACCGUUUGAAAUCUGUUUUGUCCCAAGAAACUCAUCAAGCCAGCCAGCUCAGGAGAGUUCCUAAAGUUGUACUCAGAGAUGUUGCCGAGGUGGAUCUUAAACUCCAAACAAACCUUUCUCUGCGUACUUGCAGACGUUCAACUGAAGCAGAACUGCAGACACAAGUGGUCUCCCUUUGGAUUAGACUUUCUUUAGUAUGUUCUUGAGCUACAUUGCUCUGAAGCUGUGUUCAAAGUAUUGCAGCAUAGGUUAAGCAUGUAACUGAAACAAUGGCAUCAAAGCAUUAAGAAGCGAGUUAAUUGAAUUCGUGUACAUAUACUACUUUAAUCGGUAUGUAAUCACGUAGUCACCAAUUAAAAUAUAUGACACAUUGAAACAAAAGGGGUUUUGUUUAGGUGUACAUUUAAAACAUACCCAGUGCUAUGUUGUUUACACGUCUAUUGCGGGGUUUCAGCUAAAUAGUGAUUUAGUUUAAAAAAUACAAGCAAAAUAUAAAACAAAAUCAUUACAAAAAACAAAAACAAAGUUUAUCUAAAGGGGACAACUCCGCCCAUAAAACUAUAUCUAUCAAAAAUGUACAUACUAUUUCCCUUAUUCUAUGUCAAACCAAAAUAAUUAAUUACCGGUAAUUAAUUGACUAAUUGAUUUUUUUCCCUAUUGAUUCUUGCUUUGUUAGGUACAAAAAAAAAUAACUGUUUAAACUUUAAAGUAUCAACUUGAUCCGAGAAUGUGUGAGGAAGAUUUAGCGCUAACACUUGUUUAAGGGGACUAAACCCAACAAAUGUAGCUAUAUAUGUGAAUACUGAAGGAUUAGUUUCCAUUGUUGGUAUCAAACAAAAUGAUUAGUUACCAGUAAUCACCAGACAGAAAGACAGAGUGAGUUUAUAAAAGCUUUGUAAUAAAAUGACUGAUUUGAUAUUCUAUAUUCAUUAUAUUGCAAGUAAUACAGUGGAGUUCCGAUAAUCCGAAUUUCGGCAAUCCGACAGUCCACUUAAUUCAAAACGGAAAGUAAGAUAAUUUGAGUAAUUAAAAAACAAAACAAAAAAAAAAAAAACCCAGAGAACAGUGAAUAAGCGUAUUAAGUACUAAAACAUAUAGUACAUUUCAAAGAUAGUGUAAUGAACAAAACAGAGCAAUGUUUUAUGUGGUUCUUAACUCUAUUGUUUUUUUUUUAAAGUCUGUUAAAUUUUUGUGGAAGAGAAGCAGAAACAACGUAUUCGCUGGGGCAAAAGCAAACUGUUGUUUUACGUACUACAGUUCUGUAGAAAACUACUUUGACCACUGUAUAAGAAACAUUUGGUUCUCUUGUCACACACUUUGUACACAGAAUUAGUUUCAGAG